UACUGCUCCAACAAACAAGGAUGUUGCAGGCACCUUACAGUAAGAACAUGUUCAGAAAAGCUCUUCAGUCCUAAACCAGUCUUUCAAACUAAACACAACGAAUAGCAUCUAGCUAGACAUACAGAACCUGCUUCCACUUUUCCAUAUGCCUGAUAAAUGAGCACAUGACUAUUACUCAACUAAGCCCAGCACAGGGUGGAGACAAACUCAUAACCAGCUAGUUUCUCUUCAAUAGUGGUUCCUUCAAUGGGAAUUAAUGGGCUGGACAGCUGAGCAGAGUUUUAAUGUACAUGUUUAAAGUCAGACUGACACGUCCUAUUAAGUAUCAGUAUCAGCAAGCACAAGACCACACUGAUUUCCAUCUGUGUUUUCUCCAAAAAACAGUUUUGUUUUUUUUUUUAAACUAUAACAUGAUGUCUCAACUCUUUCAGGUUUUUCUUUCAUACUUCAAAACUGUGGUGAAAAAUGAAAGGCCCAGCAGAUCCCUCAAGUCUGCUCUUCAAUUGCUCAAAUCAAUCAAACUUCCCUUGGGAAACUUCAGAGCAAUGUGGCAAAGAGACACACCUCGAGAACGUACUUUUUGCUACCUUCUACUUCCUAGACUUCAUCCUGGCUUUUAUUGGCAACUCCCUGGCUCUUUGGCUCUUCAUUCGGGACCAGAAGUCUGGCACACCCGCCAACAUUUUCCUGAUGCACCUUGCUGUGGCUGACCUCUCAUUUGUGCUGGUCCUCCCCACCCGGCUGGUGUACCAUUUUUCAGGUAACCACUGGCCGUUUGGUGAGAUCCCAUGCAGACUCACCGGUUUCCUCUUUUACCUCAACAUGUAUGCCAGUAUCUACUUCCUCAUGUGCAUCAGCGUCGACAGGUUCCUGGCCAUCGUGCACCCUGUGAAGUCCAUCAAGCUCCGCAGGCCCCUUUAUGCCCAUUUGGCAUGUGCCUUCCUAUGGCUCAUAGUUGGGGUUGCGAUGGCACCCCUGCUGCUCAGCGUGCAGACUGUGGAAAUGAACAACACAACCAUCUGCCUGCAGCUCUAUAGAGAAAAGGCAUCACGUCACGCUCUGGUGUCCUUAGCUGUUGCGUUCACCUUCCCAUUUGUUACCACGGUGACCUGCUACUUAUUAAUCAUCAGAAGCCUGAAGAGUGGGAACAGAGUUGAGAAACACCUGAAGGAAAAAGCUGUCAAAAUGAUCAUCAUGGUCCUGAUGAUCUUUCUGGUUUGUUUCGUACCUUAUCACGUCAAUCGCUACAUUUAUAUCCUCCAUUACAACGGGACCAAGGCUUCCUGCGAGACGCAGCGCCUGCUAGCACUCAAUAACCGCAUCACUUCCUGCCUCACCAGCCUGAAUGGGGCCUUCGACCCCGUCAUGUAUUUUUUUGUAGCUGAGAAAUUCCGUGAUGCUUUGUGCAACCUGUUCUGUGCUAAGAGGACGGUGAUGAUACCGCAGACGUGUGAGGGGAAGACGAAUGAAAGCUCGCUGAGUGCGAAAUCUGAGCUGUGAACGUGACUCCUGCCACUGCUUCAACGUGAAAAGGCUGCUCUGCCUAAAUCAGAGGAGUGCAGACAUGCAGAAAGACAGCGUAACCGCAGCCAGGCUCGCUCCUGCAGAGGGAAGUUCUGUCAUUUCCCUGGAACUGAAGUUAACAGGAACCCCUCUGAUUACGUGCUCCUGUCUUACUGAAACUGCAAGCACAAGUACAGCCACACUGACUGCCACGAUGUGAAACUGAGGGCUGAGCACUUAGGAACAACUAAAGGAACAAGGGCUGUUAAACAGACACCUCCUUUUUGCAAAAUAAUUUAAUUCCCAAAGCAUUCAAUAAUGGCUUUUCCUAUGCACGAUGCAUAAGCCUACUUUAAAAUGUCACGCUGCACCAACACUAGAGAUCCAUUCCUCACAUAGACUGUACCUUCUGUUCAAGUUGCAUGCUCAGUGUUUAUACACCGUAGGCAGAAUAACUGGCACUAAGCCAUAGCAAAAUAAAUAAAUAAAUAAAAAGCAAAAUGCUGCAACACAUCCAAGCAGGAAUGCAAUUAAGAGAAUACUGACCAUUUUUUAACUGCUUCCAAGUGCUAAGUGUAGGAGAUGAGUUCGAAGCUUCAGAGGCCAGACAAUGUUUACUGCACUGCCUCUGUUAUGUAGUUCCCUGCCAAACAUCAGACAUCCUGAUAGUACUUCAACUAAAGAAUAGAGAAGGUCUCCUUAGGAAUACAGCAUUCAUCUUUACUACAUACUGAAUCAAAAAAAUCUACGAACUUCUGUCUUAAAAAUUGGUAAAGGUGGACAAAAGCAAGCAGAAGAAGAAACCACAGCAUCAUUUAGGAUGGAAAAGACUUUCUAGAUCAAGUUCCAACCACUCACCUGACCUACCAAGUGCCAUCACUCCAACCAAGCCCUCUAGUGCCACAUCCACACAUCUCUUAAUCACCUCCAGGGUAUUUAUUUUACUGAUGUUCCCUUUGCCCAGGGAACAUCAUCUCAGUUUUAAGGUGUUUUAUGACUAUUUCAUUUUGGCAGUUUACCUUGCCAGACUAUUUAUUUGCUACAGAUAAAGCAGGGAUUACCUUAACUAUCCUUACUAAUACAAAUUAUAUCCAGUGGAAUACAUCUGGGAAUGAGAGGCACACCUAGCAAGAUUAGGUACAAUGAGAAAAUAGAAAAUGAACACAACAGUUUCUUACAGCAUUUGCUAGUAGAAAGUUACUGUGCAAAAGAAGUAAAUGUUAUAGGAAACCACAUGACAGGUGAAAUAAAUUUGGAACGUACAGACACACAGGCACACACAUUCCUUUCCUAAACUUUCCAUUUAAAAUUUGGCCCACAUACUAUGAAAUCAAACAUUCUUUUUCAUGCUUGAAUUGUUUCAAUCCUAGCUGCUUUCCUAAAAAGACCCAGGAAUACUCCUAGGUGCUGUGACAACAGCACAGAUUCUAACAAGCUGAGAUGUCACAAGGAAAUUUAUUAUGUCCAGCUCGAAAAACUAAGACACAGAAGUUGCAUGCAGGACCAAACAGAAAAGGGAGUGGAGGAAUCUCCCUGCUGGACAGGGUACAGACAUACAACCUUUCCUUCCUCACCCUUCAGGUAGUGAAAAUGUAAACCCCAGGAAACUACUAAGCUUUGCUCAAGAUACGAAAGCCUGAAAUUAACUAUGAAUUGUACAACACUAUGUACUAACUGUCAGAUGGGUUUAUUUUCUUAUGAUAUCCUUUUGUAGAAGUUUCAAGUUUUUAGUUUCUUACUUCUUAAUUAAAUGCAUUAAUCUACCUUAGGACUUGAUUUUAUAUUUCUUUAUAUAAAACAAACGGCUUUUCAAGACUUGGAAAAUCUCAUGCUGAAUAUGUUUUGAUGUAAUCCUCACAUUGUUCUCUUGGCCUUUUGCAAUGUUUUAAUUGCUGCUCAGCAGCGAUUACCUGAUAAACAGCCAAACCUGCUAAACUCAGCAUCACACAAUCCCUUUUCUCACCUGCUAUCUGGCCUCUUGCCUAUAAUCCCUUUCUUUUCAGUACCCUUCCACUAGCUACUAACAUUUGAGUUUCUGCUUUCUACACAUCCCACUGAACAAAGAACACUGUUCUUCAUUUAAUUCCCCAUCCCACAACAGGCUACUCCUUAAAGCUUCCUCUGUACCUCUACAAGCUUCACCUCCCAGUAUAUGACCAAUGGAGCAUUCUCAACAUCUCACUACCACAUCAACAACAUACUGACAAAAUUUCCAGAGCUGCUGCUCCA